GUAAAUUAUUCUGAUUAAGAUAACUGAUGGGGGAGAGAAGGGGGGGAGGAGGGGCGGCGGCGGCCAGAGCCUGGAAGCGCGGGGAGCCGGGGAGCCGGGCCAGCCGGGCCAGCCGGGCCAACGAGCGCUGUACUUCUGCCGCUGUACUUCUGCGGGAGCAUCCGCGCGGCCGCGAGGACCGGGCGCUGUACGGGGCGCUGUAUGGGAGGAUCGUGUCGAGGCUGCGGCGCUGCGGCGCUUCGGGGCGGUGCUCACGGAGCACGUGGCGGCCGCCGCCGAGCUGGGCGGGCGCCGGGAAGAGGCUGCUGGGGGUGACAGGCUCAUCUAGAAGCAGGACCUGGCUUGGCUGCAGCAGGCAUGUGUUGGUGGCAGAAGUGACCCAGCCAUCAUUGGGUGUGGGCUAUGAGCAGGACCAGGCCGUGGCCCUCAAUAAACGGAUCUUGUGCCUCUUCCGUCCGCAGUCUGGCCGAGUGCUUUCAGCCAUGAUCCGGGGAGCGGCAGACGGCUCAAGGUUCCAGGUGUUGGGACUAUGAAGAGGGCCAGGUGGAGGCCAUGCUGGAUCAAUACUUUGGGGCUGACCCUCCCUAACAGGUGGCUGCCUCCCCUGACCCAACUGCUUGCCUUAGCCCCACUUUGUUAAUUCUUCUAAUCCCAGACUCUUAGUACCCUUCCCACCUCAUAGCCCCAGUACCAAAUUAAAAGGAUGUUUAAAAUUCUGAA